AAUCGACAUCCAAAUUUUUCUACAUUAUAUUAACAAGAGUAACGAAAAUCACCUAGAAGGGGAUAAUCUAACCAAUGAGAACGUCGACUGUGGCGACACCUUGCGCUACUACGCCGAAACCUACGCCCGAACUUACCACCCGUUCAUCGCACUGACUGUCUGCAUCCUUGGAAGUAUUGCCAACAUUCUAAACGUGAUUGUUUUAAGCCAGAAGGAGAUGAUCAACGCACCGAUUAACCGAAUCUUGACGGCUUUAGCCGUAACAGACGUGUUAGUAAUGCUGGAAUAUGUCCCUUACGUCUACUACUACUAUAUAGUGUUGCCCAAAAACCUCGACUUUCCUCUUCUGGGGGCCAUCUACAUCUUGUUCCAUAUCCACUUCGCCCAAACUCUUCACACAACGUCAAUUUGCUUAACACUGAUGUUAGCAGUGUGGAGAUUUUUAGCCUUACGCUACCCUGCCCGACAACACAUCUUCUGCUCCCACUCCAGGUGCACUCUUGGCAUUACCAUCAGUACCAUUCUUCCUUUAAUCCUGUGCACUCCCACCUACGUCACUAUUUCCAUCACCAGUGAACCCAUCAUUGAAAACACCACCAAGUAUACCCUCUACCACACCGAUCUUAGCGAGACCUUCAGAACUGACAAGACUCUACUCAAAAUCAACUUCUGGAUCUACGCCGUCUUCAUCAAACUACUUCCUUGUUGUAUCCUCACCGUCAUAAGUUCCUGGCUCAUUCGCACCCUCUUCAUCGCUAAACGACGCAAGCAAGUGCUACGCAGCUACGUCUGCUACGUCUUCAGGGAAGAUGGUCACUCUAAAGCGACGAAACCUUUGAAGACGGAGCGCCGAGCGGAACGCACUACGAAGAUGUUAAUCGCGGUUUUGGUUUUGUUUCUCAUAACUGAGUUUCCACAGGGAAUUUUUGCCUUCUUUAUUGGUAUCAAAGGGAAGAAUUUGUUCCUGGAUUGUUACCAACAGUACGGGGCUGUGAUGGAUAUUCUAGCGCUGGUCAGCGGGGCCAUCAAUUUCAUUUUAUAUUGUUUCAUGAACAGGAUGUUUCGGAAGAAUUUUGGGUUGCUCAUCAGGGAAAGGAUCUUCGGGUGCACGGUACCAGCGAAAAUCGAAGCCAAAUCAGCGACUCUUAACGAAUGGUCAGUGGAAAGUUUUUCCUUGAAACGCAUUUGUAAUUCAAGAGUGUGAUUAACGUUUUGAGUCAGAGUUGGCUUUGAGUUGGCACCACUGAACGUCGACAAUGUGAAUUUUCGGUGUUAAUUAUACCAUAAUUGUGACCCGUCGUAAUAUUUAAUCACACUGCUCAAACUUGGUAAUCCUACACCAUUUUUUAAUG